AUGCCGAGAAACGUGAAGCGCAACGGGAGCAGGAGCUGCUUGAACAGGAGUCGGUUUGGUUCCCGUGAGCGGGACUGGCUGAAGGAGGGCGUCGGGCGAGGCUGCGUGUAUGUUCAUGGGAGAGACUCUUCAGCUCCAGGGGCUUCAGACCUGCGCCUGGUGCUCUGCACGGUGGACACACCCGCGUCCGAGAUCUGUGAUGGAGAAGGGAGGAAGAACCUCUAUGUGCAACUUCACGGAGACCUGGUCAGGAGGCUGGAGCCCACGGAGAAACCCCUUCAGAUUGUGUAUGACUACUUGGCUGGGUUGGGUUUUGAUGAUCCUGCCAGGAUGCAGGAGGAGGCAGCCAACUCUGACCUCAGCUGCAUGAUUCGCUUUUUCAGUGAAAAGCCAAGCCAGGUGGAGCAGCUGGAUCGCAUCCUGCUCUCUGGAGUCUACAGCGUCCGCAAAGGGAAGACCCAGUUGCACAAGUGGGCAGAGCGGCUGGUCGUGCUCUGUGGCACCUGCCUGGUGGUCUCCUCGGUGAAGGACAGCCAGGUGGGCAAGGUGCACAUCUUGCCCCUCGUUGGAGGGAAGGUGGAGGAGAUGAGACGCCGGCAGCACACACUGGCUUUCACAUCUGCUGGAGCACAAGCUCAGACCUACCAUGUGUCCUUUGGAACACUGGCCGAGUGUCAGCGGUGGCACCGUCAGGCCUCCACGGUGGUGUCAAUGAGACUUAGCAUGGUUGAUCUUUCAUGCUACAGCCUUGAGGAAGUACCAGAGCACCUUUUCUACAGUCAAGACAUCAUCUACCUCAACCUGCGACACAAUUUCAUGAGAUCAAGUGGAGCAGGGAGUCUUGACUCUCUUUGCAGGUUUUCUCAGUUGAAGAGCCUGAACCUGUCUCAUAACAGACUGGGAGAGUUUCCUGUGUCACUGUGUGAGAUCUCGACUCUGACAGAGCUCAAUGUUUCCUGUAAUGGCCUUCACGACUUGCCAAGCCAGAUUGACAAACUGCUGAAUCUCCAGACCUUCUGGCUCGAUGGGAAUUUCCUCACUUCCCUACCAGAAGAACUGGGAAGCCUGCAACAGCUCAGCUGCCUUGGGCUUUCCUUCAAUAACUUCUGUGAACUGCCAGCAAUUUGUGAGAAACUCGUCCUCUUGGACAAAUUAUCCCUGGCAGGGAACUUGCUGGAGACCUUGGACCUUGCAGCGCUGACCCGCAUGAGUCACAUCAAGAGUGUGGACCUGAGGCUGAACAACCUGAAGAGAGCAGCAGCUGACACUCUGGAGGGGAACAAAUCUGUGACUUACCUGGAUCUCCGAGACAAUCAGAUGACAGAUCUGGAUCUGAGCUCUCUGGGCAGCCUGGAGCAGCUGCACUGUGAGCGGAACCGGCUGGAAGAGCUGACGCUGAGUGGCUGCUCCCUUCGGGCCCUCCACGCCAACAACAACAGUCUGACCACUGUCAAUAUUUAUCCAGUUCCUGGCCAACUGACAUGUCUAGAACUCUCUCACAAUCAGCUGCAAUGUGUCCCAGACUGGGCCUGUGAAGCAAAGAAACUGGAAGUUUUGGAUGUGAGCUACAACCUCCUUGUGGAGCUUCCGUCGAGGAUCCUCAGCAGCUUGAGCCUUCGGAAGUUGAUGGUGGGGCACAAUUGUCUGCAGACCCUUCCACCUCUUCUGGAGCACAUUUCACUGGAGGUGCUGGACCUUCAGCACAACCUGUUGACAAAGCUCCCAGAGACACUCUUUGUCAAGGCUCUGAACCUCAGGUACCUGAAUGCAUCUGCAAACAGCCUGGAGUCCUUGCCCUCGGCAUGUGCAGGAGAGGAGAGUCUGAGCAUGCUGCAGCUGCUUUACUUGACCAAUAAUAACCUCACAGAUGACUGCAUCCCUGUCCUGGUGGGACACCCAAGUCUACGGAUCCUGCAUUUGGCAAACAACAACCUGCAGACUUUCCCUGCAAGCAAACUCAGUAAGCUGGAGCACUUGGAAGAGCUGAAUCUGAGUGGCAACAAACUGAAAACAAUUCCCACAACAGUGGCAAACUGCAAGCUACUUCACACACUUAUUGCACACUCCAAUGAAAUCAGCAUCUUUCCGGAGAUCCUGCAUUUGCCCCGUAUUCAGUUUGUGGACUUGAGCUGCAAUGAGCUAACUGAAAUCCUAAUCCCUGAGGCACUGCCAGGUGCCUUGCAAGAGCUGGACCUGAGUGGGAACACUAACCUGGUGUUAGAACACAAGACACUGGACAUCUUCAGUCACAUUACCACACUGAAGAUUGAUGCUAAGCACUCCCUCACAGCAGACUCGGCGCUGACUUCUACCUUCUGGAGUCAUGGAGCAGCUGAGAUGGCAGGCCAAAGAAACAAGCUGUGUGUGUCAUCCCUGGUACUGGGGAGCUUUGCAGAGGGGGUGGAGGCUGUGUAUGGCAUGUUUGAUGGUGACAAGAACGAGGAGCUGCCACGCUUGCUGCAGUGCACCAUGGCCGAUGUGCUGCUGGAGGAGGUACAGCAGUCAGACACCAUGUUCAUGUCCAACACCUUCUUGGUCUCCCACAGGAAGCUGGGCAUGGCUGGGCAGAAGCUGGGUUGCUCUGCUGUCCUUUGCUACAUUCGUCAUGAUGUGACUGAGCCAGGCAGCAGCUUUUCUCUGACCGUGGCCAAUGUGGGGACGUGCCAAGCCGUUCUGUGCCGCAGCGGGAAACCACUGCCUCUCUCCAAAGUCUUCAGCCUUGAACAAUGUUCAGAAGAAGCCAAGAGAGUCAAGGAGCAAAAAGCCAUUAUAACAGAGGACAAUAAGGUCAAUGGUGUGACUUGCUGUACUCGGCUGCUGGGCUGCACGUACUUGCAUCCUUGGAUCCUGCCCAGACCACAUGUCAGUUCCAUUCCACUGACUGUACAAGAUGAGCUGCUACUUCUGGGCAAUAAAGCUCUCUGGGAACACCUCUCCUACUCGGAGGCUGUCUCAGCUGUGCGGCACCUACACCCCCCCGGGCUGUCCCCAAAGAACCUCUGCACUUUAGCCCAGAGCUCCGGCUGCCAAGACAACGUGGGUGCGGUGGUGGUGUGUCUGAACGUGGGCUUGGACAGCUGCACCUGCGAGGUGCACGGCCUGACCCUGCCAGGCCCUGGGGCGUUUGGUUCCACCACCGCCAAGCCAGCAACACCUUCAUCUAGCAGUGGAAUUGCUUCAGAGUUCAACAGUGAGCUCUCUGCUUCCGAGGUGAGCAGCGAGGUGGGCUCCACUGCUUCCGACGAGCACGGCGCUGCCGGCCUGGAGGGCACGUUGCGCCCGGAGCGGCGCUGCAGCCCCCCCCCCGCGCCCCCUGCCAGCCUCUUCCAGCGCCAGCCUUCCAGUGCCACCUUCUCCAGCAAUCAGUCUGACAACGGCCUGGAUAGCGAUGAUGAGCAGCCUGUGGAAGGGGUGAUGACAAACGGCAGUAAAGUGGAGGUGGAGGUGGACAUCCACUGCUGUAAAGGAAAGGGCCUGGAGUCUGAACCUCCUGCUGCAGAGCACGACUCCUCUGCGCCGGGGCCAGAGCGUGACUCUGGUCUUGUUCUCAUGAUUCGGAGACAGAACAGUGUGAACAGCAACACUGUGCAGAGAGGGGUCAAGGAGAAGUGUGAACUGCAAAAAUCUCUUUCCACAUGCUGUCUCUAUGGAAAGAAGCUUUCCAAUGGCUCCAUAGUGCCCUUGGAGGAGAGCCUCAACCUCAUCGAAGUAGCCACAGAGGCACCCAAGAAGAAGACAGGCUAUUUUGCUGCUCCAUCCCAGGUGGAGCCAGAGGAUCAAUUUGUGGUGCCACCAGAUCUGGAGGAGGAGGUAAAGGAACAAAUGAAGCAGCACCAGGAGAAUGGAGCAGAUGAGGAGAAUAAAGAGGAACAUGGAGCAGCUCUGCCAGAGGAGUUUGACACAGCUUUGUAA